AGUGGUCAACAAAACGCACCGCCCAUUGAUUGGUCUUCGGCUCAGAACCAGUUGGGAUUGACUGCAGACGAAGAACUCGUGGACAGCGAUUCCAAGCAAUUGUGCGUUUAUUUUGCACACUUUCGCAUCACUUCGGGACUCAAUGCCAUUAAUUCACGAAAUAUUUGUUCAACGAAUCCAAUGAGAGAUAUCUUUCAAAUACAAGACGAGGACGACUUCAAAGACAAAGUACUCAACAGCAAGAAUGUGGUGAUCGUUGACUUUCACGCCACAUGGUGUGGUCCGUGCAAAAUACUCAAACCAAGACUCGAG